AUGACCUCAGCUUCGCCAUCCCAAAAGGCGCCAACAUCGGGCUUUGUGAAGCUGGACUCUUCACAAAAGAUUGAAGAAGAAGAGAUCCCUGGGUAUGUUGCAGAAGUCUUCUAUCCGGUUUACAUUGGCGAUAUAUUUGCGUCUAGAUACAAAGUUGUUUCUAAGCUGGGCUUUGGCUCAUCCUCAACUGUAUGGCUUUGUCGUGAUCUCCACUGUAGGGACCGUGAAUAUUACACAUUAAAAGUGUGUAACCGUGGACGGUGGCCUGACCGUGAACUUGCGGUAUCUGAACACCUGAAGAACACAGGAGACCACGUUGGAAAGAAACUAGUCCGCCUGGUUCUUGACUCAUUUGAAGUUGUUGGCCCCAAUGGCAAGCAUACUUGUUUGAUAUAUCGACCUCUUGGGAUGAGCUUCACCGAAUUCCAGAGCAUGUCUCCUGAGAAAAAACUACCAAAAGAUUUCAUCCAGCGGAGUAUCCAACUUACCCUCAUAUCGCUGGUUUUCAUGCAUGAAAACGGCGUCAUACACACGGAUAUCUCGUCCAAUAAUUUGUUGCAAGGAAUUGAUGAUACUUCGGUCCUAUCUCAAAUCGAAGAAGAUGAGAUACAGCGCCCAAUUGCACGAAAAGUCCUAGCUGAUCGCCAUAUACACUAUUCUAGACCAAUGCAUGUUGCUACUGGCUUACCAGUUCUCUCUGACCUCGGUGAAGCGAGGAUUGGAAACCAAAGGCAUAGAGGAGAUAUUAUGCCAGGUAUUUACCGUGCACCUGAGGUGAUUUUGGAUAUUGAGUGGGACUCUAAAGUUGACAUCUGGUCAAUCGGCACAAUGAUCUGGGAUCUGGCAGAGAGUCAACAUCUUUUCUUUGCAAAGAAAUAUCGGGUCCUCGAUGACGAGCAGCACUUAGCAGAAAUGGUAUCCUUGAUGGGGCCUCCCCCUCUUGAGUUUCUGAGGAGAAGUAAAAAAUCUCACGAGUUUUGGGAUAGUCAAGGGAACUGGAAAGGAACCGUACCUAUACCAGAACAGUCACUUGGCAUGCGAGAGCUGCGGUUUUCUGACGAAGACAGAGAGCUCUUCUUAAGUUUCAUACAACGAGUGUUACGCUGGCUGCCUGAGGAGCGACCGACGGCAGAAGAGCUAGCAUACGAUGACUUCUUGAUGCAGGAAAUUCUCCGAGCUAGAAAAGCAGCCUAA